UGUCAAUCUCUCAAAACAAAAAUAAACAAUUUUGAUACCUUGUGAAUAAAAUAAUUUAAUAUUUAGAAAGAAAAGCUAUGUCUUCAGAAUAUGAUAAAGUUAAAAUUGGUAAAUUAGUUUUAAAAGGUGAAAAACACAAAAAAAGUAAAAAACGAAAGAAGGACAAGGAGCACAAAGAGGAGUCGCAUAAAAAAAGCAAAACCCAAGUGGAUGAGGAUGCUUUACAACAUGGCGGUUGGUGGCAGGCCAAAUUGGCCACAGAAAUAACCGGUCCCGUGGCCAUACAAUUCGGCGACCGUGCUUAUGUCAAAGCUCUCGAUAAUGGUCUUUUUACACUGGGGCCACCACAUCGUGAUGGCGAGGGACCUGAUCCCGAGGAAAUUUUCACUGCCUUUCCCAUUAACGAACGCAAAGUAACCUUCAAGUCGGGUUAUGGCAAGUAUUUGAAAAUCGAAAAAGACGGCAUGGUUACGGGUCGCUCGGAGGCUGUGGGUAGCAUGGAGCAGUGGGAGCCCAUAUUUGAGGAUGGCAAAAUGGCAUUGCUGUCCGAUUUGGGUUUCUUUAUGUCUAUCGAUCCCGAAGAUGAUGCCUGCGUGGCGUUACGCAAAAAGGUUACCGAUUUGGAAAUUUGCAAGGUGCGCAGCAAUGCGUCACGAGAAUGUGUGGUGGACGAUGGGCCCACCGAAGAAAAGGGUGAUAUGUUUGAGGUGGAGAAAAACUAUGUCAAAAAAUUCCAAAAGUUCCAGGAUAAGAAGCUGCGCAUCAAUAAAAACGAUAUUAAGGAAUUAGAGACGGCCAAGGAAAAGGGCACUUUACAUGAGGCUUUAUUAGAUAGACGUAGUAAAAUGAAAGCUGAUCGUUAUUGUAAAUAAUUAUCAUUAAACAAACAAAACAAUAAUAACACAUUUAUUAGCUAAGAAAAAAAAAUAAUUAAAA